CUGCCACACUAAAGAUGCUCUAAAGCCUCAAUCUCCAGUUCUGGUUCCCAUCAUUUCUGGGAAGAAGAAAACAAAAGGAUGACGGGAUUAGAGAGCGUGGGCGGGCUGGCGGUUCACAUCAUCAUGACCAAACUUGGACCGGAGAACGUCGCCGCUACGGCCUGCACCAGCCGGAGAUUUAGGGACUGGGUCUCCGGCGAUGAAAUCAUCUGGUCUAAAUUCUGCAUUGAUGAAGUCGGACUAUCUUCUCCUCAGGACCCACUGGGCAACCCCACCUCUUCUUUCAGAGUCUCUUAUCAAACAUGGAGAGAAGCUUUCAAUAUGUACCCGUGGUCCUUGGUUACAAGAACCAAAAGAUGUUGGAGCAGAAUAAGAGCCUGGAUGGAAAUUAAUUUCCCUGAGGUUUUACCUACGUUACGUAAAGGUGCAUCUGAGGACAGAAUAAAGCACUUGGAGGAGUGUUUAAAAGUCAAAUUACCCCUUCCCACGAGGGCUCUAUACCGUUUUUGUGAUGGCCAAGAACCAAGUAAAGAAGUCACUAGAAGCACACCAGUAAACUUGUUGGGCUUGAUUGGAGGGUACACCUUCUAUGACCAUCUAGUGAAUGUUUAUUUAUUUCCUUUAAGUCAAGUCAUAAUUGAAACGAAGCAUGCUAGGUGUCAUUUGGGAAAUGACAAUAGCUCCAAGUUUGUGGUUGUUGCAGCUUCUACUACGGGUUAUGAAAAGGUUUUUUACUUGAACUGUUCAACUGGCCAACUCCACGUGGGCGGCUGGAAUAUGUCUAGUGACUGCGAAAUGCUUCCUUGUGUACCACACUCUUUGUUGUAUUCUAUGCACCUCACAGAUUGCAGCCAACAGCAAGAUGGCAUGUUAUUGUGGCUAGAAGAACAUGGCCGGCAUUUAGAAAAUGGAAUUGCGAAGGUUCGAACAGAAAGGAGCAUUAGAAGCAUCAGUCUUUAUCCAGAACAACCUCCACUUUGUUCCACUGCUGUGACAAAUGGUGUGAAGGUACGUGCAUCUGCUGUGGUUGUUCCGGAGUGCUGCAACCUUCGACCAGAUUCUCUGGAAUAUAUAUUCGCUUAUUCUAUCCGCAUGUCUCUUUCACCUAAAGGAUGUAUCAUAAAUGGAAUGAAGUUUAGUUCUUGCCAAUUGUAUAGGAGACAUUGGAUCAUUCGUGUGGAUGAUUCUAUUGUAGAUGAUGUUAGUGGAGAAGGAGUAAUUGGAAAGUUCCCACUUCUACUACCUGGUGAAGAAGAAUUUGUAUAUGAGAGCUGCACACAACUAUCAUCUCCGUCAGGCUCAAUAGAAGGUCUCUUCACUUUUGUUCCGGGAUGCUUAGCAGACCCAAAAGGCAGUCCAUUUGAAGUCAAAGUGGCAAGAUUUCCUCUUCAGCUGCCAGACUACAUAUUCUGAGAGUUAGAGGGAGUAUGGGGCUGUUUUCAAAAACAGCUUUUGAGAUUUCGCUUCGCCAAAAUACACUUUUAAGUGUUUGGCAUUUUGCUUGCUUCUGGCCUUAGAAAGUGCAAAAUAGGCUCGGGAGGUGCUUUCCAAAGUGACGCUAGGACAAGUGUUUUCACCCUGUGGUUUCUACUUCUCCAAGAAUUCGCUGCCCCCCAAAACACACUCGGAGCUUGUUCUUUUCACAUUUGUAGUUAUAACUAAAACUGUUUUUGAUCUGAUAUGGUUUGAUUCCAAUAAGAAUAUAUAAGUAAUAAUAAGUAAUAAAAAUAAGUUGAAGAGAAUCAACUAUUAGUCCUAUGCAAAAAUUGCCUUUUAAGGUUAGUGUGUAAAAAAACAUCUCUCGUCCUGUGUGGUUGUGUUACUUCUGAACAAUUUAGGUUGUGUAAAAACAUGAUAGAGUCAGUGUUAUAAACUACGGAGUAGAAUUUACUAUACCUCCCAGCCUCUCCAACCCCGGCCGCACGGUGAUCGGCGCAUUCUUAUCUGCCGGAAAAAAACUUGACUCCAAUCCCGUCCCCUUCUAAUCCUAACUGAUUCGGAUCUGUUCAACUUCAGGCACUUGUCCUUGGCGUUUUCUAGCAUUGCCCGAGCGUGCAUGUGUUCCGCACGCGAUUCCUCACAGGUCCAACUACCUGAUGGAGUACCACCAUUUAUACAUAUCAAUCAAAAUGAUUUCUUAGG